AUGCUUUUGUCUUACAGUUAAAGCAAAAGCAGCAGCUCAAACAGCCUCUUUGGAGAAAACUUGGAAACUCAUCCACUUGCUCAAGAGAAGGUCUUAUAGGAGCCUAAGUUCCCGAGCUUCUUAGUGUGAAUAUGGCUGCACAUCAGGACCGCUCACUGAGGAUAGUCCUGGUAGGGAAAACCGGAAGUGGGAAAAGUGCGACAGCAAACACCAUCCUUGGACAGAAAAUCUUUGCAUCUAAAAUUGCUGCCCAUGCGGUUACCCAGACCUGUCAGAGAGCAUCCCGAGAAUGGAAGGAGAGAGAACUUAUUGUGGUUGACACCCCAGGGCUCUUUGACACCAAAGAGAGCCUGGAUACCACUUGUAAAGAAGUCAGCCGCUGCGUUCUCUAUUCUUGCCCGGGGCCUCAUGCCAUUGUCCUGGUUAUGCCCCUGGGCCGCUUCACGGAAGAAGAGCAGAAAACCGUUGCAUUGAUCAAGGCUGUCUUUGGUGAGGCAGCCAUGAAGCACAUGAUUAUUUUGUUCACCCGCAAAGAAGAGUUGGAGGAACAUGAAAAAACUCUAGAUGAUUUUGUACAAGAAGCUGUGAACCUGGAAGGUAUCAUCAAAGAGUGCGGGGGCAGGUACUGUGCUGUUAGCAACAGCAGCCGAACAGAUAAGGCAAAGCAGGAAAGUCAAGUGCAGGAGCUGGUGGAGCUGAUAGAUAGGAUGGUGCAAGAAAAUGUAGGCUCUUACUUUUCUGAGGCCAUAUACAAGGACACAGAGGAAAGGUUGAGGCGACAGGCGGAGGUUUUGAGGAAAAUCUACACUGAUCAAUUAAAUGAUGAGAUUAAAAAAAUAGAAAAAGAAUAUGCUCAUAAAUCAAAGGAAGAAAAGGAGAAAAGGAUAGAAUUAGCAAGGAGGAAAUAUGAAGAAAAAAUAAGAAACAUAAGGGAACAGGCUGAGAGUAAUGUAUUUGAAAAAAUUUUAAAUAUGAUUAAGAACUUGCUUUUAGGAAUAUGGCCUAGGUUUUGGAAGUGAUAUCAAUUUAAUUCUUUCUCCUCAACUUACUAUGAUUUGUUAAUGUGUCACAUUGUAUUUUUCAAAGAUGGUUGCAACCAUGCCUCCUGUCUCUCAGCUUUAUUAAGAUAUAAUUAACAAAUAAAAGUUGUGUAUAGUUAAGGUAUACAAUGUGAUGUUUUGAUAUGUGUAUACAUUGUGAAAUGACUAAAUCAAGGUAAGUAACGGAUAAGUACCUCACAGUUACAUAUAUAUAUAUAUAUAUAUAUAUUUUUUUUUUUUUUUUUGGUGUGGUGAGAACAUUUAAGACCUACUUCCUUAGAAAAUUUCAAAAAUAAAAUAUAACAUUAUUAAUUAUGGUCACUAUGCUGCACUUAGACCUCCAGAAUUUAUGCACUCUGCAUAAAUUGAAACUGAAUAAUCUCCUCUUUUCCCCCAUCCCCCAGUCCCUGGUAACCAACAUACUACUCUUUGCUUCUGUGAGCUCUACUUUUUAAAAUUCCACAUCUAGGUGAGAUCAUGCAGUGUUUAUCUUUCUGUGCCUAGUUUAUUUCACUUAGCAUAAUGUCCUCCAGUUUCAUCCAUAUUGUUCCAAAUGACAAGAUUUUUUUCUUUUCCAAGGUUGAAUAAUAUUGCAUUAUUAUGAAUGGAAUGUUAAUGAUAACACCAUAUUUUCUUUAUCCAUUCAUCUGCCUAGGGAUAUGGGU